AUGAAAGACUAUUCCAAGGGCAUCACCUUCUCACCAGAUGUUCCAAGCCUGUGCGAUGACGGAUGGCUCGUGAUCGGAAGCAUGAGCGCGAAGCCGAUGAAGGGCAGCGAUGUGAAGUCCGACUUCAUCUACCACAUCUCACUUGGCAACAGCAAGAACAUCGCCUGGGGUGAAGAGAAGGAAGCUUGCGAAUUGGCAGACCAUAUCGGAAACGACGGCACAGCCAUCAAUCUCAAUUUCGAGUCUUGGAGUCCAACGCCAGAACAGCGCCGCAACAAGCACGAGCUCUCCAAGGCAAUCGCUGAAAAGGCAGAUCAGUACUUUCAGCAGAUGACUUCGCGCUCCGAGAUCGACUACAGCGCACCUAAAACAGUGGAAGAAGCAGUCCGCAUCCUCACCUCCGAGUUAGGGCUUGAAAUCCACAAACUAGACUACAUACAUGGAGUCUCGCCUGCCAACAAGCUUGUACUAGCUGCGAUCGCUCAAGAACAUCCGGGAAUCGAUGUUCGCACGACUCAUUUCUUCAAAAGGCUGCAGGAAGAAGGACACGCUCCGCAGGACUCCGAUCCUCGACCUCAGAUCAUCGGUCCAUCCGCGAGCAGUUUUCAGCAAGAAAAAGCACCCGAAGUGAUGAAUUGGUUACAAGCCGUCGAGGACCCGACAAGCAACAAGUCCCGGAGCACUAACACCAUCAUCGGUCAUCCAGAUCUGCCAAAAUUCGAGGACUAUAAUCCACCUGUUUCACUUGAACAGCAGAUGAUGACGAACUUUGGCAUUCCAUCUCAGCAUAAUGGAGAAUCAAAGGGCCCCAGAAUCAUUGAUCAGGAUAAUACACUCACUGACCAACAUAUGGCCGACAACAAGCCAUCGCACUCUGCACAACCGACUACUCAGAACACCGCGGAUAGUCUCGUUCAACUUCAAGUUGCAGUCGAACCCAGCACUCCACCAGUCUCGUCAAUCCCUCUGGCCUCUCCCACAGCCACUACUUUGGGCAAGAGACGCCGCGAGUAUGGGUUCGAAAUCAAGGGACUACGGUCACCAGUAUCAUCAAUCUCCGACUAG